AUGCACAUCUCAAGAACUCUGAUAGCAUCGCUUGCCGUGGCCUCAGCCUCGGCUGAACCCAUCAAAGGAAAGAGCUAUGAAUGCCACGAGUUUCUGGUAGACAUCUCAAUCAAUUCGACCUCCAUAGUUCUCCCAGUGCCGCCCAUCGCCAACGAGUAUCAAGCAGUCAAUUAUGGACAGAGCCUUCUAACCCCACUGAAGGCGCUUCCGCCGCCACCCCAGACUGCGCCGCUGGUCAAGACUUUCCAGAUCUCAGGCGAUUUGUGUGUGCCUAAGAAGCCAGGCCCGAAGGCAGGAACUCUUCAGAUCUUGACACAUGGACUCGGUUACAACAGAACGUACUGGGACUUCUACUUGCCUGGCUCAUCUGAUACAUCUUUCAGUCAUGUCCACGCCGCCACCGCUGCUGGCUACAGCCUGCCUCAAGCCCAGAUCCUCAUUUCCCUGACCCAAAUGGCUCGUGAGGGCAAAAUCCCCGGAAUGAAGUCGCCGCCCAAACAAAUCAUCAACGUCGGGCACUCUUUCGGCUCCCAACUCACAGUGGGUAUGGCCGCUCUAGCACCCGAUGUCAGCGAUGCCAUUGUCCUCACGGGCAUAAAUGGCGACACCAGCGCCAUCGCUUCAGUUCUCGGCACCAGCUGGUUUCGCCUCGCCAACAAGUUCGAGCCUGAACGCUUCCCCAAGCAGACCUACUCCAACGGUUGGCUCACCUGGGCCACAGAAGCAGAAAAUCAGUUUAGCUUUUUCUGGUUCCCCAACUUCAAGCCUGAGGUCCUCGCCACCGCCGAAGCUGUGAAGCAUCCUUUUACGCUGGGCGAGAUCUUUGGCGGUGGACUGCUGCCGCAGCAGGCUCCGGCAUUCAAGAAGCCUGUGCUUUACCUUGCAUCAGAGCAUGAUGCUGUCUGUCGAUUUGAUUGUAGUAGUGAUUUUGAUGCAGAUGGACCAGCAUACGCGAGGUUCAACGGUACUGAUGAUAUUGAGGUCUUUAUGGUGCCCGGUGCGGGGCAUGCCCUGCCGUUGCAUACGAACAUUACCGUCGGGUAUGAGGCGUUGGAUGCUUGGAUCCAGAAGCGCUUCCCUUCAAAAUGA